AUGUCGAACACAAAAUAUGGAGCAUUGAAUGGGGUUGACGACGAUUUGGAUGGUGUUGACGAUUUCUUGGAUGAACCAAACCCAUUUGAGGAUAGUCAACAUGGAACUAGUGUGAGUAAUGCCACGGUUGCUCCUGAUUUAGAUACUAAAAGUAUGGCUACUACUGUUUUACCAGAUUAUUCUGAGAUAGCAGAUGAUCAACAAGAACCUAGUGGUGAGCCACAUGGUGAAUAUAGUAACGUCAAUAAUGGUAGUUCUACGAACGUAAAUAAUAGCACCUCGGUACAUGGAGAGUUACCGCCUGGACUAAUUAAUUAUUACUCUAAGUUUUUCCAAUUAUCUACAGAGACGUUUAAAGGCCGUUUUUUAAGGAGUUUGAGGAUUAAUCAAUUAAUAUUUGAAUCUGAAUCCUACGAUCCAGAGUCUCGUGAAUUAUUUGGUGCUAUAUGGAUUACAUGUGCUAUUGUAUUGGUGAAAUUUAUGUUUCCUGGUUUAAUCAAUUUAGUUCAUUAUGGUAUUAUAAAAGGGGAAAGAAUAAGUGAGUCUGUACCAACCAAUGAUCGUGAUAAGAUAUAUUGGAAUUUAAUACAUUCUAUUUGGUUAUUUGGUAUAUAUUCAUUUGUUGUACCUUUUAUUGUUUUACAAAUUAUCCUAAAGGAUGAUACAAAUGGUGAAGAUAAUGGAUUACCACAAAAUGAGCCUACAAAUGAUGCUGGUGGUAGACAUAUGACUAUUAAUGCUAAUGCCAAGAAUUUAAUUGGUUUAAUUACAGUUUAUGGUUAUGGGAAUAGUAUUUGGUUAUUUAUCUUACCUAUAUUAGAUAUAACGAAUAGUAUAGCGACAAGAUUUAAGACUGCAAUUGCUAUAGAAUGGGCCAUUAUAGCAUUAGCAUAUGUUAAGACAGCCCAAUAUAUGAAUAUGCAAAUUUGUAAUCGCGGGAAUGGUCAUGUAAGGCUUCCAUUCACUAUGAUCUUCGUAUUGGGUUUUCAUAUCAUCUUUAGUGUAUUAUUGAUGUUUACAUUAUAUUGA